AUGCUGGCAAAGGGGUUGUGCCUUGUUCUGGCAUGGCCCGUGAUGAGCACCGCGCAAUUUGAAUGGGUGAUAAGAGACCUGUUCAACAGCAGCGACUGCUCAAGUGGGACCAGGACGCGAAGCUACGUGAUGGGGCAAGUGGGCGCAUGCCAAGAUUCCAAGACCAUUGCCAUCGUCGAUAGGAUGCCCGUCCCGGGCAGGACUGUAGAGAUCGAAUCGCACGCAAAUCCCGACUGCACAGACCCGCAAGACAUGGCAAUCCAUUGGACGGAUCACUGCGGUGCGGAACAGUCGGGCGUAACUACCGAGAAGGUGACGUUGGUGACAGCUCACUCAAUCUCCUUUGCCUACUACAUGGAUCAGGAUUGCAACACAACGGCAGAGAACACGUCGGUCUAUCCCCUUGAGGUCUGCGCGACCACUGACAGCAUGGCGGGCUACGGAAGUUUCAAGUAUGUCUGUCAGGGAGACGUUCUUGCGAUGUGCUACUACAGCGGCCUCUCUUGCAGCCUCGAUCCCUCAUGCGUAGUACAACCAGCCCUGGAUUCCUGUACUGGUUCCUACAAGGUCGCCAUGCAGGGCUCGAACGCCAGCCUCUGCCCCAGCACCACGACCACGACCACCACGACCACAUUGGAGGUGCAGGUGGGUUCAGCAGCAGUCGCCUUCUUUAACAGUGGCCUGCUGAUCCUGAGCUUUUUCGGCUUGAUCGCCUCCUAA